CCUUCCGCGGCGCACGCACACUCGGAUAGCCGGGGGAACCAGGUAUAUAGAAUAUCCAGGUAGUGUCUACAGUUCCACCUCUGGUCUGGUUACCAUGUAUCAUGGGCGAAACACUGGUAAAGGACCCUCCACUCCCACGCAGAUUUACCAGCAACCUCCAAGGCUUCUCAUUGUGCAAACUGCUCUACCAUCCUGGGCUGACAUCUGCUCCAACCUCUGUGAGGCUCUGCAGAACUUUUUCUCUCUAGCCUGCAGCUUGAUGGGCCCUAGCCGCAUGUCCCUCUUCAGCUUAUAUGUGGUACAAAAUCAGCACGAGUGCAUCCUUCCCUUUGUGCAAGUGAAAGGGAACUUUGCUAGGCUGCAGGCCUGCAUCUCAGAACUCCGCAUGUUCCAGAGAGAAGGCUGUUUCAGACCACCCGGCCUUUGUCUGCACCUGGCAGUACAGGAUGGGCUCCAGCAGUUCAAACAGUACAGCAGACAUGUGACCACAGGCGCUUCUCUGAGCUACACUUCCCUGGAGAUUACUGUUCUGACUUCCCUGCCUGGAAAAGAGGCGGUCAAACAAUUGGAGGAAGGAUUGAAAGAUACGGACCUAGUAAGGGUCAGGAGACUUCAGGUGGUUGAGAUCACAAAGGGAGUCCUAGAGUAUAUGGACUCAGUGUCCCCGGCUGAAGAGCCUAGCAGUGAUGAGAGUUCUAUCCUGGGAACUGACAUUGACCUUCAGACUAUAGACAAUGAUGUUGUCAGCAUGGAGAUCUUCUUCAAAGCCUGGCUACAUAACAAUGGAACAGACCAAGAGCAUAUCCAUCUUCUUCUUCCUUCACGAUGUUUCAGCAACAUUUCCAGAGCCAGAGAUGAUUCAACUGAUGGCUCCUUGAGAAUGGAUGACCCCAAAGGAGACUUCAGCACACUCUACCAGAUGGCCUCCCAGUCGUCAGCCUCUCGUUACAAGCUCCGGGUGAUAAAGGCUCUAAAUUCCAGUGGGAUCUGCGAGUCAUUGACAUAUGGACUGCCCUUCAUCCUCAGACCCACAAGCUGUUGGCAGCUGGACUGGGAUGAGCUGGAGACAAAUCAGCAGAACUUCCAUGCCUUGUGUCACAGCCUGCUGAAAAGAGAAUGGCUGCUGUUGGCCAAAGGGGAGCCCCUGAGCGGAGGACACAGCCUGAGACAGCCUGCCAACACCUUCUAUGUGAUUGUGCCAUCACGCUCCCCUACUCUGCUGGUGAAGGCAGUGGCCACUCGGGAACUGAUGCUGCCCAGCCCCUUCCCCCUGCUGCCUGAGAACCCACCUGAUGACAGCCUUAAGAUUGUGGAGAGCGUGCUGGACAGCCUGGAACUAGAGCCCAUCUACAACCCCUUGCAGGCUUGGAGCCACCUGUACUCACAUCUGAGCAACACCUUUAUCAAGCCUCAGGGCCGGCUCCACCCAAGCUGGGAGAGCCGGGCCCUGAGAAAGGCCUUCCCUGCCAUGCGACAUGUCAGAACCCGCCCAUGGAGCCCAUGGGGGCUGCUGUUGUCCCUGCUGUGCAGCUCCUGCCUGGGGUCUCCAUCCCCGGCCACGACCCCCGAGGACAGGGCUGGCAGCCAGGGGCUGCGGUUCCGGCUGGCCGGCUUCCCCAGGAAGCCCUUCGAGGGCCGCGUGGAGAUCCAGCGAGCUGGCGAGUGGGGCACCAUCUGCGAUGACGACUUCACCCUUCAGGCUGCCCAUGUCCUCUGCCGGGAGCUGGGCUUCACGGAGGCCACAGGCUGGACCCACAGUGCCAAAUACGGCCCUGGAACAGGCCGCAUCUGGCUGGACAACCUGAGCUGCAGUGGGACUGAGCAGAGUGUGACUGAAUGUGCCUCCCGGGGCUGGGGGAACAGUGACUGUACCCACGAUGAGGAUGCUGGAGUCAUCUGCAAGGACCAGCGCCUCCCCGGCUUCUCAGAUUCGAAUGUCAUUGAGGUAGAACAGCACCUGCAAGUGGAGGAGGUGCGACUUCGACCGGCCGUGGGGCGGGGCAGGCGGCCCCUGCCAGUGACCGAGGGACUGGUCGAAGUCAGGCUUCCCGACGGCUGGUCGCAACUGUGUGACAAAGGCUGGAGCGCCCAGAACAGCCACGUGGUCUGCGGGAUGCUGGGCUUCCCUAGCGAAAAGAGGGUCAACACGGCCUUCUACAGGCUGCUGGCCCAGCGGCAGCAACACUCCUUUGGUCUGCAUGGGGUGGCGUGCGUGGGCACCGAGGCCCACCUCUCCCUCUGCUCCUUGGAGUUCUAUCGUGCCAAUGACACCACCAGGUGCCCUGGGGGGGCCCCUGCGGUGGUGAGCUGUGUGCCAGGCCCUCUCUACGCAGCAUCCAGUGGCCAGAAGAAGCAUCAACAGUCGAAGCCUCAGGGGGAGACCCGAGUGCGUCUAAAGGGUGGGGCCCACCCUGGAGAGGGCCGGGUGGAAGUCCUGAAGGCCAGCACGUGGGGCACAGUCUGUGACCGCAAGUGGGACCUGCAGGCAGCCAGCGUGGUGUGUCGGGAGCUGGGCUUCGGGAGUGCUCGAGAGGCUCUGAGUGGUGCCCGCAUGGGGCAGGGCAUGGGUGCCAUCCACUUAAGUGAAGUUCGAUGCUCUGGACAGGAACCCUCCCUCUGGAAGUGCCCCCACAAGAAUAUCACAGCCGAGGACUGUUCCCAUAGCCACGAUGCUGGAGUCCGAUGCAACCUGCCCUACACUGGGGUAGAGACCAAGAUCCGACUCAGUGGGGGCCGCAGCCGACAUGAGGGGCGAGUGGAGGUGCAAAUAGGGGGACCUGGGUCCCUUCGCUGGGGCCUCAUCUGUGGGGAUGACUGGGGGACACUGGAGGCCAUGGUGGCCUGUAGGCAACUUGGACUGGGCUAUGCCAACCAUGGCCUGCAGGAGACCUGGUACUGGGACUCAGGGAAUACCACAGAGGUGGUGAUGAGUGGAGUGCGCUGCACAGGGUCUGAGCUGUCCCUGGACCAAUGUGCUCAUCACAGCACCCACAUUGCCUGCAAGAGAACAGGAACCCGCUUCACUGCUGGAGUCAUCUGUUCUGAGACUGCAUCAGAUCUGCUGCUGCACUCGGCCCUGGUGCAGGAGACGGCCUACAUUGAGGACCGGCCCCUGCACAUGCUCUACUGCGCCGCCGAAGAGAACUGCCUGGCUCGCUCGGCCCGCUCGGCCAACUGGCCCUAUGGCCACAGGCGUCUCCUCCGGUUCUCCUCCCAGAUCCACAACCUGGGACGAGCAGACUUCAGGCCCAAGGCUGGGCGUCAUUCCUGGGUGUGGCAUGAGUGUCACGGGCACUACCACAGCAUGGACAUCUUCACCCACUAUGAUAUCCUGACCCCCAACGGCACCAAGGUGGCUGAGGGCCACAAAGCUAGUUUCUGUCUAGAAGACACUGAAUGUCAGGAAGAUGUCUCCAAGAGGUAUGAGUGUGCCAACUUUGGAGAGCAGGGCAUUACUGUGGGUUGCUGGGAUCUCUACCGGCAUGACAUCGACUGCCAAUGGAUUGACAUCACAGAUGUGAAGCCAGGAAACUACAUUCUGCAGGUGGUCAUCAACCCCAAUUUUGAAGUAGCAGAGAGCGACUUCACCAACAAUGCAAUGAAAUGUAACUGCAAAUACGACGGGCACCGCAUCUGGGUGCACAACUGCCACAUUGGCGAUGCCUUCAGUGAAGAGGCCAACCGGAGGUUUGAGCGCUACCCUGGCCAGACCAGCAACCAGAUCGUCUAAGGUGCUGCCACCCUCCUCCACAAACCACCACUGGCCCCUAAGGGUGGGGGUCUGAGGCUGCCAUUACCUCAGGAGCUUACCAAGGAACCCCUGAUGUCAGCAGGCCAGCCGCACUCAUCCAGUGUGUGCUACGGAUGUGGACUGUCAAGCCGAGGUUAUCGCCCUCCUUCCUAGGCCAGCUGCCGGAUCUGUGGCCAAGCGUGGGGAG